AUGUAUUUGGAAUAGAUAUCAAACUAAAAUCUUAUUUAGCAAACAUUCUAUUUAUAUCUAUUUCAUAAAGUGUAUUUCCUCUCUGCCUAGAUUUACUUUAAUUCCCAAACUUUGGAUCUACAAAUUCUAGCGAAGGACUUUCAUUAUUGCUAUGAGAGUUUUAAGGAUAUUUAAGGUUUUAUGCAUUUAAAAAAGAUUCGUCUCUCUUCGACUGAGCAAAUUUAAAGGAUAUACCUUUCUUUUAUAGAUAAUUAUCAUUAAUAUAUUUAGCUGGUCCUGGACUCAAAUUCUGUCCAUCAACAAUAGAUUUUCGUCUAUUUAACAUUUUUUUGUUAAUAAGUUCAGUUGUUAAGUAUUUGCUUAGUGUUUCAUUUGUAUUAAUAGUUGAGGGCUCUGUAUAUAUCUUAGCUGUAGGAGCUUUAGGUUAAACUAAUUCAUACUUGA